AUGAGCGGCCCUGAGCCACCCAGUGAGACCUCUGGGCCUGACGCCCCCACCUGGCCGACUCAGUCCACCUACAGCAACCUCGGUGAGGUCCGCGCCCAGCUGCUGCCCUCCAAGGCCUGCCACCCCCGGACACCCGGGCGCCCCCCGACUGACUCAGAGCCCAUGCCCCCACCCCUGCCCAAGAAGACCCUGGCCAGGACCCAGUCCCUGCCCACUCACAGGGCCCGCAGCUUCAGCCCUGCUCCCGCAGGGCAGCCUCGGAGGCCCUUUCUGGGGUCCCACAGUGUGGACGAGAGCCAGGCAGGCAACAACCGACCUUGGGCCUCCCGUCUGCCUGUGGAACCGCACUUCCACUUGCUCAACAGCCCGCUGGGCCUCGCCUGGCACGACCUGCAUUGCCCCAAGGCCAUGCACACCAUGCUGGAGGCCCGGCAGCUGGAGGGGCUCCACACCGUGCACGCCCGGCUCCAGGCCCGGCUGCUGGGGGGCCACCCGGGCCCCUGCCAGCCCGGCCACGGCUUCCGCCUCCUGGACAGCUCGCCAUGCGUGGAGAGCGGAGAUGCCCUCUACUACCGCCUGGUGCGGGUGGGCGGCGAGGCGUGGCACAUGCUUGCUGCCAAGGUGCCCAAGCCAGGAGCUGAGGAGCCCCACCCGUGGGGCCUGGAGCUGCAGGCCUCGCUGGCCCCGCACUUCAACCUGCAGGGGCUGUGCGGCCUGGUGCCCGAGGGCGCUCUGCCCAACAUGCCCUGGAGGGGCCCUGUGGUGCUGGUGGCCGAGGUUCCCGAGCGCACGGUGACCCAGUGGCUGUCAGAGGUGGGCAGGAGGCCGCGGCCCGCGGAGUUCCCCUGGGUCGUGGCCCAGCUGCUGCUGCAGCUGAGUUCAGCCCUGGAGCACCUGGAGGCGCAGGGCGCGGCCCUGAUGGAGCUCCGGCCGGAGAACCUGCUGCUGGCGGCGCCUCGGGGCUGUGCGGCAACCGGGCCCCCACGCCUGCUCCUGGCCGACUUUGGCCGCGUCCACCCACGGCGCCUGGGACCCCCCGGCGCCCAUGCGCAGCAGCUGAGCCACCUGCUCCGCGUCCUACUCGGCCCUGCUGCGCCCCCAGCCACGCCCUUGGCCUCUGGCCUGGAAACUCUGGCGGCCCAGCUGGCCCGCUCGCGGCCCUCGGCGGCCCAGACGCGGGCUGCGCUGCAGACGCUGCUCUGGGGGCCUGGGCCUGAGCUGCACCGCCAAGGAGCCCCACUAGGGCCCUGGCUGCGGGUGGGCCGCGCACUGCUCGUCCUACACCUGGCCGAGCGGGCCGCGGCCGGGGUGGUGCCGGGCCUGGAGGACUGGCUGUGCUGUGAAUACCUGGCUGGGGCCACGGAGGCCUCCCUGGGCCACGCCCUGGCACUGCUGUGGGACUGA